AAAAUGUUGCCAUCUAGUGGAGAAUGUUCGGUGAAUUUUUUUUAUCAUUUUAUUUUCUGAUCGCAUUCUUUAGCUUCUAUCUUUUUUUUUCAUUCAUGUAUUUCAGUUGAACUAAAUGUGAUUCCCCAACUCUAAAACUUUUUCUGUAAUAAAACUACACUACGCAUGCGCACAACCGUUUGGGGAAAUCACGUGACCACGUUUUACUGAGCAUGCGCGAAGCUUUCCUGAUUCUUCAGACUUAGCCACAGGAAAUGUAGUUUUUAUUUGCCUUUAAACAUUAAAAUACGUUCCAAACGAAGAAAUGAGUUUGCAGCAGAGAGCCAGAGACCUGGUGAGAAUGUAUGAUCAUAUUUUGGAGCAGCAGAUCGUGGGACGGGGCUACAGCUUGGCGUGUAAAGAUGAAAAACUGUGGAAGCAGGUGGAAGAUCAUCUAAAGGACGUGGACGCCCAGGAGGUGCACUGUCUUGGUCUGGAUACGCUUAGAGAGAUGGAGGAGUCGUUGAAGGCAGCUGCGGCUUCAGCGCCACCAGGAUCCUACAGCAGGAGAGUCAGAACCAGGGGAGGACUUCGAGGUCUGGCUAGAGCUUUUGAAGUCAUGGAGCAAGCAGCUCUAAACCUGUACCUGGGUCCCUGGAGAAAAGAGUACAGUGUCAUCAAGAUGUACUCUGGAACAUUCACCCACUAUAUCUCAUCGGUGCUAUCCAUGCCUCAAAUCGAGAGCCUCUUUGGGCUGUUGGGAUACCAGCACAACUCGUUUCGGCCUGAAGAGCUUUGUCUCCGGGAGUCUAAAGUCAGACCCGCUUCUCUGGACGACCUCCUGCGUUUGUCUUGUGCCUUUUUUGUAGCCCGCUGUGAGUGCCAACUUCUCCUGUCAGCUCUGGGGAAUCAUGUCGGUGACGCUCAGUGGGAGCUGCACAUGGUGUGGGAGAGGCAGAGAGGAAACAGCCUGCAGGUUGCCUUUGAAAACGUCAAGAAGCAGCUUGACGUCAGCGAGCCUCUGAUGGAGCUGCCUGAAGGAGAAGUUGAUCUGUACAGAGGUGAACACGUUAACGAGGAGCCAGAAGAAGGUGUUGAUGAAGAGAAUCCCCACUCCGUAAUCAGGGCAGUUCAAGGCAAUAAAACCUCUCCCGCUGGCCAAAGGCGCAGCAACGGAGCGAGUUUUACGUCCUCGUCACCUGAGUCGGACACUCGUAAAAGUUUUUCAGCAAACAAGAGCAAAAGCAAGCGUUCAUCUGAGGAGUUGAAGUCUGAUCAGUUAGACUCGCUGCAGAUACACGUGUCCGGGUUCGGCAAGGCUGAGCCUGACGUUAACCGUCACUGCAGCUGCCUCAGUCGUCCUCCUCUAAUUCUUAAACACUGCUUUGAUUGCAACGCCUUGCAUGAUGUCACCUGUUGCUUCCUUGGAGAUUGCACUAUGAAAGGCCACAAAGUGCAGUUUGCUGAUGAGCUGCCGGAGAAAAAAGAGAUGUCGCCACUGAGUGGGAACGGCACCAACGAUCCGACCUGCAGCAACGCUGCCGGGACCCCAGACGUGUGCGAUGAUGCUAAAUCAGCAGCCCUCGAGCCAAUCAGCUACCACGUCUGCUGUGACUUGAGGGUCGCCAACCCGGACCCUCGGAUCCUGUGUCACAAAUGUCGUGCCUUCCACUCCUCUAAAUGUGUGGAGGGAAAAUUGUGUGGUGUAAAUCAUAAGGUCAGUGAGCUGGGACGCUGCUCCUGUGGGAAACGUUGUGCCAGAAAGCCUUUAGUUCUGUGCCGCUACUGUGGAAGGGAGUAUUGUAGCGCCUGCUGGUACAGACGGCCUCUUUCUUGCAUCUGUGGCCAAACAUUCGACCAAGAAUCUUCAGUUUGAUGUUACUGAAAUGUUUUGCACUACUGAGGCACAUUUAGUAGAAUCACCGUGCCUUAAAUCUGCUCACCUAAGGUCAAUCAGUUUGCCGUUGCCUUGUACAGCAGUGUUAUUACUGCUUUUGUUUCUCUUUCACUUUACCUUGUUCUAUAAGCGGCCAUAAUCAGCAUUGUGAGGGUGUGUGUUGAAAUACUUGUGAGCUGUUCUCCUGGGUCACUUCACUGCAACUUGUUGCAAAGCACAACUUAAUUCUUUUUAUCUGUUCGUCGUUUGCACAGUUUGGAGUAAAAAAGGUUAUCUCAAA